AACACUUCCCAGAAGAAUUUUAGCCUUAUCAACGUCCUAAGGUCUAAAGCAUGCCACGACUUCUUCUCAUCCAAACAUCAUUUCCUCGCACAUCAUCCCUCUCCAAGAAAUUAUCGAACACGAACACUAGCCAAAUCCGAACAUAAAACCACAUAUGACUGAAAAUCUAGUAAAUUUUGGUAUCCUAGGAUGUGCCAAAAUAGCCAUUAAAUUGGCAAGAGCCAUAAACUUAGCACCCAAUUCAAUUCUUUAUGCUAUCGCAAGUCGCUCCCUAGAAAAGGCCAAGCAAUUUGCCAUACAAAAUGGAUUGCCAGAGACAAUCAAGAUUUAUGGUAGCUAUGAAGAAUUACUUGACGAUCCAUCCAUCGAAGUUGUUUACUUGCCAUUGCCAACUAGUCUUCAUGUUCAGUGGGCAGUCUUGGCUGCCCAAAAGAAGAAGCAUGUGUUAUUAGAGAAGCCGGCUGCACUUGAUGUGGUAGAUUUGGACAAGAUUCUGGAAGCUUGUGUAUCAAAUGGUGUGCAAUUCUUGGACGGCUCAAUGUGGUUGCAUCAUCCAAGAACUAUGAAGAUGAAGGAGCUACUCUUUGAUUCCAAUCUUGUUGGACAAGUGGACUUUAUUCAUAGCACGUCAACAGCUAAAGUGCCUCCUGAAUUCUUUGAGAGCAAUAUUAGAGUGAAGCAGGAUAUGGAUGCUCUUGGUGUACUUGGUGAUUUGGGCUGGUAUUGCGUCGGAGCAGUCUUGUGGGCAAAAAAUUACCGAUUACCAAAUGUUGUAUCUGCUUUACCAGCUAGUGUGACCAAGAACUCAGCUGGAAUCGUAUUAUCAUGCACAGCCUGCUUGAACUAUGAUCAACAUCACAAGACAGUAGCAAUCAUCCACUGCUCUUUCUUCUCUCAUACAUCCAUGGACUUGUCGAUCACCGGUACUAAAGGAUCCUUGCAUCUCAAGGAUUUUGUCAUUCCUUAUCAAGAGGGUUCUGCUUUUUUUGACCUGGCAUCACCUGCAACGUUCAUGGAUGAUCAAACUGGAUGGAAUGUGAAAACUGAAAAAGUGGUGGUGGAUAAUGAAACUCCUCAAGAGGCCUUGAUGGUUCAAGAGCUUGCUAGGCUAGCGCAGGGCAUUAAGAAAUGCGGGUUCCCGCCGGAUAACAGAUGGCCUGAAAUCAGCAGAAAGACUCAAAUUGUGGUGGAUGCAAUUAAGAAAUCUAUUGAUCUUGAUUGCAAACCUGUGCACCUGUGAUCAUGUAUUCAAGUCUUAGAUUAAUUUUGGAGGCAUGUUGAAUUUUGAGCCAUCUUACUAGAGAUGGCACUCUCCAAUUACAACUAUCAAAUAAAUUGUUACUGAAACAUGCAGGAAAACAUGUUGGUUUUCCAUUGGUUUAA